GGAAGGUGCAGACACAUUUAGUCAAACCAGGCACCAAAAUGCUGACAUUGCUUCCUCGAGAGAGAAAACCUGGAAUUUCUUUUACUCAAAGAAGAGGCACCCGGCAGACCAGUAUUGCAUCCUUUGUUACCUUGCAACCAGGAAUGGCAAAUGAUAACAGAAAGAGCAUUUUAACUUUCAAAGAAAAUCAGAUCAACAAAGAAUGCAAAGGAACCCAGCUAGACUGUUUGGUCCAGAGAUUGGGGGAUGAUUGCUUGGUAUCACCUUUGGCCACUUCAACUCCUGCAGACAUCCAGGAAGCUGGACAUUCUCCUCCAUCUCCCCAGAUUUCUAGCUGCCACAGUUUGGAAACAACACCGUCUUUGACUACGAUGUCUUUGCCCCAACCUGACAUCUUGAUGGGCGCUGGAUCAAAUGAAGCCUCCCUGGCUUCCUCCUUUACCCAGUACUUGGAAAGUUCUUGUUUGGACCAAAGAGAGGCCAGGAGGAAAAGGGAGUGGCUUCAUGGAUCUAAGACAAACUGUCCAGGCAUGGGAAGUCACGUCAGACCAUCUAGUGGUAAAUGCUGUCAGACCUUGGACAAAGCUGAACUGGAGGGAAAGGGGCCUGCCAAGGAAAACAGGAAGGCUCCUGUGCAUCUUCAAACCUACAAGUUCGAGUCCUGGAGUAGGAAAAAACCCAUGUUGGUGACAAAAAGCCCUUGUCCUCUCUCUGUGUUUUCCUGGGACAAUGAAAGGAAUGACAGGGACUCUUGGAGUCAGCUUUUCACAGAGGAUUCCCAAGGCCAGAAGGUCAUUGCCCACAACACUAAAAUGCCCUUUCAAGAUGUAACCAAUGUUAGUAAUCAAGGCUUGGGGCAGUUUCCUGACAGCCCUCAAGCUCAGUGCCAAGAUGGGCCCACUCUGUUAGAUCUGCAGUCAAACCUGCUCUUUACCCAGGACUCUGAAGGUAAUCAGGUUAUCAGACACUAGUUCUAAAGGUUUGUCUCGUGUUUCUUGAAGCGGCAGAGAUGGAGGAAAGUAGGGUUGGGCUGGGUAGAGAGGAGGGUUUAAGUGAGAGGCCACAUGGCAUGAAGCAGUUGUCAUUAUGGAGCAUUCUCCUCAUGUAAGUAAAGCAGGCAGUGUGGUAGGCAUGCCUUUCCCUCAGGCCGGUGACUGGUACAUUCCAUGAGUGAAUGUGAUGAGAACGGAGACAGCAGGACAGGACUAAUCACUCAAACCAUUUCUCAGUUCAGAGUCGCUACUCUGUCCUUCCAUAGGCCUGGGUGUUUUUACUUCUUAGAGAUAUGUGCUCUUUUCAUCUCUAGCUGGACCAUUAUUCCCAACUGCAUUUUAAGAGAUGCCUAUCCAACCAGGUGUGUGUGUUGAGGGGAAGGCAAAUGGCAGAUGAUCUUUUUGUUUAUUUUUGUAGCUUUGGAGCCUGUCCUGGAACUCUGUAGACCAGGCUGGCCUUGAACUCAACAGAGACGCGCCUUUCUCUGCCUCCCAAGUGCUGGGAUUAAAGGUGUGUUCCACCACCACCGGGCCUUUUUUUUUUUUAAAUGAUGGUUACCAUAUACAUUGUUUACCUGGCACUGGACAGAUGAGAUGGCCCAGAUGUUAAGAGCAUUUGCAUUCUUGUAGAAAACCCAAGUUCAGUUCCCAGCAUCCACAUGACUUCUGUAGGCACCAGGCACACAUGUGAGACACAGGCAAAAUAACCAUACACAUAAAACGAAAUAAUUUAAAGUUGUUUACUUUAUCUUCCCAUUCCCAAAUGAGAAAGUGGGAAGUUCCCUUUGGAAAACUGAAUCCAGGUUAAUGUCUAGAAAGCUGACUCUACUGGUAAUUCAAAAAGCAACUUUUCACUGGGUAUGGCAACUUAGGAGACAGUAGUUCCAUGAGUUCAAGGCCAACUCAAAGCUACACAGUGAGUACUUGACCAGUCUGAGCUACAAGGACAUUGUGUUGGUUUGAAAGAGAGUGGCACCAUUAGGAAGUGUGUUACUGUGGGGUGGGCUAUGAGGAUUCUUUUUCUCAAGCUUUCCUCUGUGAUUGUGAGUCGACUUCCUGUUGUCCACAAGAUGUAACACUACUCCUCCAGCACCAUGUCUGCCUGCUGCCAUGCUCCCCACCAUGAUCAUAAUGGACUGAACCCCUGAAACUGUAAGUGAAACACCCCAAUUAAAUGUUUUUAAUUGUAA